GCGCCGCCGGCCGCCGCCGCCAGGCCACCAUCACAGAACAAAAAAAAAACACAAAAACCUCUCCAGCGAGGCGCCGGCUCCCACGAUUUCCUCACCCAAAAACCUUCCCGCCGACCAGGCCGGCUCCCUGCUCCACCUCCCGCUCCAGCGCGUGGCGGCCGCCGCCCCUCUCCACUCGACCCGCUCCCGCUCCAGCCGCGCCGCCGAUUCCCUCCCGCGCCUGCGCGGGCGGGCCCCGCUCGCCGCGCCCCUGCCCUCCAUGAACCUCUCGGAGGACUGGCGCUUCCUCUUCCCGGUCUCUGCCGUGUUCGCGGCGCCUUCCGCUGCUCCGCUGCCCGCCGCCGCCGCCUCCCGCGGACCGCUCCACUUCUCCCCUCUCCCGCCUCGCGCCCCGCUGCUCUCCCUCCCCUACCCCAUCCUGCCGCUGCGCUCCUCCACCCACCGCCUGGACCGCCACCUCCGCUCGUUUGUCCGGGGCACCUCCUUCCUCCCGCGCUCCGACCUCGACUCCCUCUCUGAGACACUCCUCCCGCAGCCGUCUCCGCCCUCCUCGCCUCCGUCCAAUCUGAUCGCCGUCCUCCGCCGCCCCCGCAUCUCCUCGUGCUCUCUUAUCCUCUUCUUCCCCUACGCCGAGAAUGCGGAGCAUGUUGCCUUUGUUACUCUGGAUGCCACCACGGCCACGGGUUCCACGCCCGUCUCGCCGGUCGUUCAGAGGGUUGGGUUCAUGCACCCGGGUCAACGCAUCCAGCAGCUUGCUACCGCUGUUAAUGAGCCGUCCUGGCCGUCAGAGCCGGAAGACAGCCUUGAGGGGUUCCUGCUUGCCGUGACAAUGCACUCCCUGAAUUGGUUCAGGGUUGAGUCACGGGGUUUGGGUACUCCGGCCCUAGUGCCAGCUGCCAAGCAGGGGUUCGACUCUGUCAUCGUGCAUGCUUGCUGGAGCAGGCAUUUGCCGUCUGAAUGUAUUGUUUUGCUCGAGAGUGGGGAGUUGUGCUGGUUCAAUCUGGAUACGCGGCAUGGUGGAAAAAUGAAAAUUGAUUUUGGCAGCAAGGAUGACUGUGGGGACUGGCUAAGCUGUGACUAUGGGACUCAACCAUGGAUGGUAAUCGUUGCGAGUUCAAAAUCCAUUCUUUUGAUUGACUUGAGAUUUGGGGACUGUGGUGAGUGCAAGGUUUUGGCAAGAGUUGGGAUGCCAGGACUGUUUGAAACUGACCCUUUUGCUAGGGUGGAUCAGUAUCUUGCAUUCUGCAGGGCUGGGUUUGAUCAUUUCCAUUUCUCAGUGGUGACAAAGCGUUAUUUGAUUCUCCUUGAUGUGAGACAGCCGCUGACACCUGUGUUGGCAUGGCAACAUGAGCUUGAGAGCCCUAACGAUGUUGCUAUGUUUCGGCUUUCUGAAUUGAGACCUUCCAAGGAACAUGAGUGGGCAUCGAAUUCUGGUUUUGCUAUUUUGGUUGGUUCGUUCUGGACAGGCGAGCUCAGUGUGUUCUGUUAUGGACCUAAGGAGCAAGGCUGUCCUGAGAAUUCUCACCUGUAUGCUUGGGAUCUUCCAUCACGGUUUUCUCUGACAAAUCAGCACUGCAGCUGCAGCAAGGGAAUAGUGAAAGAUUUAUUCUCAAGGCCUGUUUCAAGAGAUGGCUAUGCUUCCCAACCAAGUAAGAACCCCACUGUUGGCUACUAUGUGCUUCCACACGACCUCUUGGUGUCGGAGCCAUCAUUUCCUGGCUUUGCUUUGAUUUGUCUGAAAGCAUCGGGGAAGUUAGAAAUGCAAAGGUACCGUGCAUCAGCAUCGCAUGAUGAUACCCCAUGUGAUGAAUCACAACAUACAGCCAGGACUAGUAAGUCAUCUAUAUUUCCUGACACUCCGUGUGAAGAUUUCCCCUUGAGAUAUAGUUUAAUGAAGUUGCAUUUCCUAUCUAAAUAUCUGGAAGGGAAUCUGUGCAAUGCAUUGGUGAAGCAUGAUUCUGGUGUCAAUAAACAGAUGGGCCAAAUUAUUGUUAGUGAAGCUGUGUCAGAAUAUGCAGAAGAUAACUCUAGUUCAUCUUCUCGAUCAGUUUCAGAUUUUCUAUGCAAUGCUAGUAUCCCUAUGAACAUUUUUGAAAUUGCAUGCCAGAGAAUAUUGAACAGCCUACCAUCAAAUAUCCUUCAUGUUACCUUCUCGAAAUACAAGGACAUGCUAGCAUGCAGCACAGAGAAAACCGUAGGUGAACAUUUAGAUGUUCCUACCUGUUUGGCACACGAUAAACUUCGACCUUUCCUGUUGGCAAAACCUUCAAGCGUAAGUUACUAUCUGACUAGCAAGGUACAAUCUCCAAAUGCACUUGUUGGUCCAGUACUGCCCGUACAUGUUCUACUUGCAAUGGAAGAGAUAAACAAGGGUAUAGAAAGCUUUUCUGAAGGAGCAAAUUUAGAAACCGACUCUGUAAGCGAUCAAUGUAGAGAAGUUCUUGAAGCCUUAGAUCCUGUAAUAUCAAUUGCUGACACGCACAACUUUGAUGCUUUACAAGGGUUGAAUCACGAGAAGCCCUAUUUUAGUUAUGAGCCUCAGAUUGAACAUACAUUCACCCUAGAUGGAAAUGCUGGAAAGGAGAAAGAAGAUCGGAAGCUAGACAAUCCGUUAUAUACAUCUGCAACACCAUAUCAGGAUAAAAUCUUUACAACAUUUGUAUGUGGAAAAGCCAAAGUUCCUGAUUCUGAACCUGAACAAGCUGCAACUUGUUUGUUUGAUUUCGGCCCACUGAGGAUGGACUUUGAUACCCCAGACAUGGAAAUUCAGUCUGAUGAGGAAAAAGUGUACAAAUGCUUGAGGAAACAAUUUGUAACAUGGCAAAACAAUUUCAAGCCAUACCAAGAUUUUUGUAGCUCUCAUAAAAUACAAAGGCUAAGGCAAUAGGCCCUUCCGUGCUUCAUGCAGUUUUAGCAGGGCUUGUAGAUUUAGACAUAUAGUUGACCUUUUCUUUUUGGAGGGAAAGAGCGGACUAAGAACUAUAUGCUCAGGUGUGUCGCCAGAUGUACAUACGCAUAACCUGCUUAGGAGAAAUGUUGUCUUCAGUUUGUGUUGUACUGCUAUGCUUCUGUCAUACUACUAUAUAUGUAUAGCAGUUGUCACUGA